UCCGUGUCCUGUCUUCAUCGGCAACGGGUCGGCAAUGACGAGCAAUUUAGACAAUUCAUCUUUCUCGAACACAAUGGCGGCGAGCACCGGCGCCGGUGAUUACGCAUCGUCGGAGAUGGCGAAGGAAGCCCGCCUGGCGAUGAUGGAUUUGGCCAACAUGAUCUCCGUUCCGAUGGCGCUCAACGCCGUCGUCCGCCUCAACGUCCCCGACGCCGUCUGGCAAUCGGGCCUCAACGCCCCGCUCAGCGCGGCCGAGAUCCUCGCCCUCCUCCGCCCACCGCCUCCCCCUUCCUCCGACCCCGAGAUCCUCCAGCGCCUCCUCCGCCUCCUCGCUAGCUACGGCGUCUUCGCCGAGACCCGCUGUGGCGCCUCCGCCGCCCGCCGCUACGCCCUCACCGCGGUCGGCCGAACCCUCGUGCCCUCCUCCUCCGGCGGGGGGUCCUACGCCGCCUACGUUCUCCAGCACCACCAGGACGCGCUGGUCCGCGCGUGGCCGCAGAUCCACGAGGCAGUGCUCGAUCCCACCGGGCCGGAGCCCUUCGCCCGUGCCAAUGGCGGCGUGCCUGCCUACGCGUACUACGGAGGCGACCGGGAGGCUAACGCCCUGAUGCAGCGUGCAAUGCAGGGGGUGUCAGAGCCGUUUAUGGAGACGCUCCUUGUUGGGUACGGCGCCGCCGGUUUCGGCGGCGAUGUCCAGACCCUAGUCGACGUCGGUGGGAGCUCCGGCUCCUGCCUCCACAUGAUCAUGCAGAGGUUCCCUAACAUCAAGCAAGGAAUCAACUUCGAUCUGCCUGAGGUUGUCAACGCGGCGCCGCCGCUCCCUGGAGUGAAGCACGUCGGUGGCGAUAUGUUCCAAUCCGUUCCAGCCGGGGAUGUCAUCUUCAUGAAAUGGGUGCUAACUACAUGGACGGAUGAGGAGUGCACUUCGAUACUGAGGAACUGCUACGAGGCAUUGCCGGAAGGCGGCGGCGGGAAGGUGAUCGCCUGCGAGCCGGUGCUGCCUGAGGAGACGGACGACAGCCGGAGGACGAGGGCGCUGCUGGAGGGCGACAUAUUCGUGAUGACCAUCUACAGGACGCAGGGAAGAGAACGCACCGAGGAGGAGUUCCGCCGCCUAGGCGUGGCCGCCGGAUUCUGCAGCUGCAGUGCCGUGUAUCUGGAUCCCUUCUACACCAUCCUCGAGUACACCAAGUGAGGUCAUAAGUCUGGACUAAUUUCAUCUCUUUUGGAAUCAAUGAGCAACUCUUCCUUGAGUUAGUUGUUCCUGUUAGUGGAUAUACCGAUUCUUUGGCCAGUGAACACUGAACAGUGAGGGAUGCCAUAGUGAAGUAAUAGCUAGUUCUUGAUGGGUGAAUGAAUAGAGUAGUUCUUUAUUUUUCACAUUGUCAUAUUGAAGAGCAUCUUCCAUUUGGUGAAUGAAUAGAGUAGUUCUUUAUUUUUCACAUUGUCAUAUUGAAGAGCAUCUUCCAUUUGGUGAAUGAAUAGAGUAGUUCUUUAUUUUUCACAUUGUCAUAUUGAA